AUGCGUGGCAGUGUGAUUGAUAUGGCCGUUGGGCUCAUUAUUGGUAAGGCAUUUGGCGAUGUUAUUCAAUCAUUAGUUGAUGACGUCAUUUUACCUCCCAUUGGCUUACUUCUUGGUGGUGUUGAUUUUGCUAAUUUAACAAUAAAAAUGCAUCGUUUUGCAUCUCCAAAUACACCACCAGUUCUACUUCGUUAUGGUGCAUUUAUACAACAUAUAAUCUAUUUAUUGGUGGUAUCACUUACGUUAUUUCUCAUAAUUGUAUUGGUUGGCAAAUUACGUAAAAAUGCCACUAAGGAAAAAACACAAGAACAAUAUACUGAGUUGAAAGAGUUAAGUGAAGAUGUAAAAGUAUUACUAGAAAUUCGAGAUUUGCUGGCAAGUAAAACAGAUGUUAAAUCGUAA